UGGCAUUCAAAUUGAGACUCUGCGAUCGCAUCAUUCUGCCUGCGAUUCUGCAGGAGAAUGUGUUCGGGGCGUGCGUCACACUCUGCUUCACCUAAAGGAUGCCCAAGUUUGUGAGGCGUCAGCCUCUCACAGAGCGCAUCAAGGGCUACCUCAACCCCUACGAUUUCCUCCUGUGGCUGUCAGAGGAACUUGAGUCCAAUGGCUGGGAUCAACUUGAGAAGGAAUGGGCUGCACCAAUUGGUAUUGCGUUGAAUGUCAUCUUUGUCAUCGCGAGAGCCAAUUCCAAAUCCCAAACGACCAGUUAUGAUGAUGUGUUUGGCGAUGUGCCGGGAGUGGCGUGGACAACCUGGCUGGCUACCUUCAUUGUCCACUUCUUAACGCUGUUCUGCGCCGUCAAUGCUACCUACACCUUCUGGCGGAAAAGGCAUUACCGGCUGUUCGAAACAUCCGUCGACGACGUCCCGAGCACCCCUUCCGCCAAACGAGUCCGAGUCGAUUCCUCCCCAGUUUCCUCGUCUCCCUUACAGUUUCUUUCGCGUAUCAUUGGAACAGAGACAGCACAGUCAAGAGCACAUCCUGAUCCAACAAGAGACGUCUGGGAAGUCGCCAUCUGGGACCCCUUACCAAUAUCCCUACGCUUGUUCUGUUACUUCAGUCCUGGCCACAUCCUUGUUUACUGGCUUUUCCUACCCACUCUGUCUUCUGACCCUCGACCUAGCGUCACAAUUGCGACUGCCAUGUUCGUCGCACUGCUCCUCUCCGCGCAGCUCAUCUUCCUCCAGUCAAGCUACUCCGCUCAGGUCAAAGAUUCAGCCUUGAUCUCCAAAGAAGUAUUGCAUGAGUACGAUACAAAAUAUGUCAGACCACGGACUCAGCCACUGUACCGAGACGUAGGCACUCAGUUCAGUGAGCAAGCCUCAUACAGCCCAGCUCGUGAUGAGAGGUACAACAAGGUCGACGUCUACAAACCAAUGGUGGUGAUCAAUCGCGGGUUCAGACCGAAUCCAAACCCCAAUUACACGCAGUAUACAGAUCCCGAUACAGCGAUACCUGGCUCCAAUCUCCGACAACGAACAACCACCCCGGAUUUCCGUUCACCAAUUCACAAUGCCAACCCCGGCACAGCUGUGAGACCUCUGAUCGGAAUGCGGCAACCAAAUUUUCGACCAACAGCCACUGGUGGUGAGGGCGGAAGUCUUGGUGUAUACUCCCAUGCUGCCUCCCCUCUCCGGAAAAGUGCGUCUGCCCAAUUUUCUCGUGAGAAUAGGGUAACGAGUCCAGAAAAACGAGGGUCAAGCCCGGACAAGAGAAUGAGUGUGCCUGCUGCUGCUGUUUCUCAAAGAUGGGCUCAGUUCCAACCCGAUAAACACCGAAGAGAGAGCGGUCGGUUCUAAUAGAUGUACGAUUAUUCCAAAAAGCGAGAUACCCUUUCGUAAAUGGCUUCUACAGAGUCCCCAGUUCCUGCUCCUUGGGCGAAUCAAUUUCAGUUGUCCCUUCCGCCACUGCAUCAUGGCGCUUCCCGCGGAUAUUCCACCGUCAGGGUAACCGUCUUUCAAAAUACCACCGGCCAUGUGGCAUGGCGUCCUCCAAACCACGCCUGGUGCACAGACCAGUAUAUGGUAUGAAGUACAUAUCAUAGCAACCAUCUCCGGUUUCCCACGAUGCCUGGGAAGCAUCCACAUUCUUCCCCUGAAGUUUCACCCUCUUUUACCUCUCGUCUUGCCCACAAAUUCUCAUCCUCAAUAGGUUCAUUCACCAUCAAGAAGCAGACCUCACCAGAGAAAGGAGAAGGCAGUCCCUUCAGACAUCAGCGCUCAUUACGACACACUUCUAAGUUUUGCUACGAUCAAAUUACCUGUGACCAAGACCCAGGGAAACAAUGCACCAAUUUCUACUGUGACGGCAUCGACGACCAGCGACUACGCACCUCAGUAGAGCAGAGUGCCGAAUGCCAAUCGAUAUUCGAUGGAGAGUCUCACUUCCAGCGAGAUUUGCGAUCGCGUGGAUUGAACACUGCACCGGAGCUCGAUGCUGCACACGUUACCUCGGGUCACUCACGCCGCCGAGCUCGUGGCUUUGUCGGCGGUUACUCAAGUCAAGAAGCUAAGAAGUCUAGAGUGGAUAUCGAGCCGCUGAAGAAAGCGCAGGGUGAUAGCCCUGCGACUUGCUCGGAGAUGCAUCGCCUUGUCAGCAGCGAUGACUACCUGCUCGCUCGUGGCGCAAACCCCCGGACUGGAGUAGUCACACCUGGAUCGCACAGCGCUAGCAGCUCCAUUGAUCGGAAUCAAAACGACUUGUCAAGGAUCGGACGUCAAGGUCCCUCGAGUCGAUGGCGGCAAAGAGGAGACCAGUGGAUUAGCUUGGAUCUAGAUGAGCCAACGCCUCUAUCAGCGUCCGUGACAGAUGAACCUCUGGAACAUCAAUACCAAACCCUCAGGACUCCACAGAAGCUUGCGACCAAUGGGAGAAAAGCUUCAUUACUUGACCAUGGCGGUGUGCAAAGUGAUCACAAUGUCAACCCGUCCUACGGUCCUGCAGUGACAGUCCCACUGCAUCAGAAUGCGCCGGGAGUUGGCAUGGAACCAGAAGGCGUUCACAGUGGCGUCGAACAAGUCAAUUUGCAAGACAAUAUAAAGCUCAACAGCGCAAUUAAGCGGAAGCCUGUUGGGAGUCCUCCGAGUAGAAGCACCGCAGAGCUAGUUUCACAUCCUCAGCGAGGUACGAGCGGAAGCACGGACACCGUCCGAAAGAAUCCCAUAUUCAGCGGCGAGACUCGAUCCUCCUCGGCACCUGAUCCUCUAAAAGGACGCUUGUUCCGACCCCAACCUGUCGAGAAGAAUCUGCCGAGGAUUCCCACCCGCAGCUCAGACACUGGAAGUCAAACUGGAGACGACCCUUUUUUAGGGGUCCUCAAGACGGACCAGCAAGCAGACGUCCAAAAUUCAAAAACCUCAAACAUCUCUGGCCGUCAUACAGUCGAAAAAGAACUACCAUGUCUGCCGAUGAACAGUGGCCUAUCCCAGUCGAUGCCGGAACAGUUACCGUAUCCGACUACCCCGAAGGGAGAGAACGGAAUGAGCAUGACAGGACCUCUAAAUUCGUACUCCGCAGCCCCCCAGGGUCCGAGGGGAGGCGAUCUGGUAUACCCAUACAUUCGCACGCGGAAGCCAAUGUACCCGAUCCCCCCCCCAGCGAAACACAUCAAACC